AUGCAUUCAUUUCUCAUUCCCUUUGAUGAAGAAUGUGUUGAACUUGCCAAAGGCAUUCCAACCUGGAAUGCUUCCUCACGACAAGAGUUUCUGCUACGAGCAUAUGCUACCCUUGGUGCUGCAGACAUCCUCAUGAUCGAAAAAAUGCUUGAUAUGAAAGGCCACAAUGCUAUUGUGCCUUGCCGUUCCUGCGAGAUCCAUGGUGUACGUGACAUUGAAGGAGGAGGAAAGACCUAUUAUUAUCCUCUUACUCCUCCCGGGGCAACCCAACAGAAGUAUGAUCCUCGAAAUCUUCCUCUCCGCACCCAUGAGGACUGGCAAUCCGCAGUUGAUGAGAUACAAUCUGUACCUGCACAUCAAAGUACAGCUCGCAAUCGCGCUGCGAUGCGUCUAGGGAUCAAAGGCAUGCCUGUGCUAGGUCGCCGUGUACAGUCCAUUGACUAUGCUCGCUCAUUUUCAUGGGAGUUUCUACACCUCUUUUUUGAGAAUCUCUUCCCAAACAUGGUGAUGAUGUGGAAGGGUGAAUACCGCAAUCUUGACUCCGGAACCCAGAACUACAUCAUAGUCCGCUCAAACUGGGAGAAGAUCGGAGCUGAAACCGCUGCUUGUGUUUCUCAUAUUCCAUCUGAAUUUGUUCGUGUUCUUCACAACAUACAUACAGAGCAGAGUGCUUUUACUGCAGAGUCGUGGUCUUUUUGGAUGAUCCACAUCGCUCCCAUUGUCUUGAAAGGCCGCUUCCCAGAUGAUAAGUUUUAUGACCACUUCAUGGACCUUGUCAAGAUUGCUAGACGGUGUCUAAAGUGGGAUCUUAGCAGCAAUGAAAAGAUGGAGCUCCGUGAGGAUAUUGUGAGAUGGGUGGAAUUCUACGAAAGGUAUGUCUUGAUGUCUCUGACAUAA